GCCCGGGCUCCUCGCCCGCGUCCUCCCCGCGUCGGCGGCCGCCCGUGGCUCGGCGCGCGGGCAUGGCCUCGCUGCCUUCCGCUGUCCGCCGCGGCUGGCCCCGGCUGCUGCGCGCGGGGGGUGCGAGGCGCCCCGCCGCGCGCCAGCCGCCGCGGGCGCGCCGCUUCUGCGCCGGGGCGGGCGACAAGAUGCUGCGCGGCAUCGUGGAGCUGAACUCCCACAGGUUCUCCAAGGUGUCGUUGGAGGACCUCCUGCGACUGCAGGAGCUGACGCCCCAGCAGCGGCUGAGCCACCUGGACCAGGUGCUGCGCAUCGGCAUAUCAAAGAUCAUCCUGCUGCUGCAGGACAUGCCCCUGGGCUUCAGCUCGACGACGCCCAUGCGAGCUGUCAUUCUGGACUACGUCCAGGACCUGCGUGACUUGGACACCUGCUCCCCAGACCACAUGGAGAGCUUCCAAGCCUGCACAAUGCGGAUCUUCGCCAGGCACCGCGAUCUGAUCUUGCAGCUCGAGCGGGGCAUCGUAGAGUUCCAGUCCGGGGUCAAGAGCACCUACAAGCCGUUCGCUGGUUUGGGGCCCACGCGCUGCGAGGAUGUGUCGGACAGUGUCCCAGGCAUGCGCAGGAUCGGGGAGGCGCUGGACGAAUUCUUCAAAAUGCGCGCCACACUGAGGCUGCUCAUCGCCCACUGCCUGGAGCUCAAUGGUGAGGCUAUCCUGCCUGCACGUUAUAGCCAGCCUGCCAGGGCUGUCGACAUGGAGACGGGCGGGGUGAAUCUGCCCGAGGUCAGUCGAGUGGGCGUGGUGAACCUCAACACGCGCCCGUCCAUGGUCCUCGUGGAGGCGUUCCAGCACGCGCAGCUGUGGUGCCGACAGAAGUUCAACCGCUCUGUGCCGCUGCUGGUGAACGAUGUUCCAGCGCUGCAGUACCCCGCGAGCAUGACGACGGAGGACGAGGGCACGCCCUACGUAGACAUGCACCUCUACUUUGUCUUUUUCGAGGUGUUGAAGAACGCCUUCCAGGCCAGCCUGCGCCACGCCGGCGGCGAACUGGCCGGCCACGGCGACGUACCGCCCGUCUACGCCACAAUGGUGUCUGGAGCAUCGCCGAGCGACGAAGAGACCGAGCGCAUUGUGAAGAUCUCGGACUCUGGACCUGGAGUUCCCCGCGACCGCGUAGGCAAGGUUUGGAGCUAUUUCUACUCCACCAAGGAUGCCAAAGAUAGGACGAGCAUGAGCGAGCCAGGCUACAGCGCCGCUGGGGGCGCAGCAGAACGGUUGCCUGGAGGCCUUGGCCUGGGUGUGAGCCGCGUGCUCACACGGUACUUCGGCGGGGAGAUCAAGUUUCACUCCAUCCAGCGAAAGGGCACCGACGUGUACAUUUACAUCUGA